AUGGCAAACUUGAUCCUCGAGAUGCCGCGCAAAUGGCAGAAAAACAAUCGGGUCAGAGGUAUCGCACUUACAAGGGAGAGAUUCCAGUUUAUCUUCAAACAUGCACAUGAUCUAGAAGAAGUUCUAGAAAAAGGUUUUCACACCUUUGAUGAUUGGGGUUUAGCGGUUGAAAGAUGGGUGGAACAUCCUCCUCCAAGUUUUCUACAAAGUGUGCAAAUCUGGAUGCAAAUCAAGAACAUACCGGUGAAUCAUUACACAAAAGAAGCUAUCUCUGAACUUGGUGGUCUGAUCGGCCAUGUAAUAGAAGUUGCGUUUGAUCCUGACAAGCCUCAGAGACAAGACUACGUAAGAGUCAAAAUUCUCUUAGACGUCUCCAAGCCACUGAAGAAAUCAAGAAUCCUGAACCUACCAGGAGGAGGACAAACUACAAUUCUAUACUUCUAUGAGAAGGUACAGAGGCGAUGUACUCACUGUCAGAGACUUACACAUGCAAAAGAUCGAUGUCCCUUUCUAGCUCACCAACAAGAUCUUCCUAGGAACAUAACUCCAUCAACAUCAUCUUCUCAUCAAGUUCAAGUUCGACCAAUCUUGUCUGAAACAGAUCCUCUGUUUGGAGUCUUAAAUGAAAACCAAGUCGGGAUCAAUUCUUCAACAGGCAGGCCAAAGAUAAAUUCAGAAGUUCUGCAAGAAAUGAGAAACUACCUUCUGGCGUCAAGUAAUGAAGAUAGGUUGAUCAGAGAACAAAGAGUGAUAUCAUCGGUUAGAGAAGCAGAAAAGGAUCCCAUCAUUAGGAAAACUGUUUUACAGUUAGAAACUCCUCCAAGCUUCACAACCGAUAUCAACAAAGGAAAAGGAAUUGUCUUUGGUUAUGAUACUGAUUCAUCCUCUACUCAGUCUACUAUCAAAGAUCAUCAAGGACCAAAGCUAAUGGCUGAAGCAAUACAGUCGGCUCGGAAAUUAGAUCACAAUGACCUGGAUGCUUUCUCAAGAUUAUCUCUGCCUUGCUCCUCAAGCUCAACGGGUUCUCAGACUAUCUUCUCUUCAUCAGAGAUAUCCGGAGCUUCUCUCAACAAAGGCAAGAGACGCCGUAGGCCAGGCAAGUUUACAAGAAUUGCUCGUGCAAAACAAGGAACAACAACAACUGCAAGCUCUUCUAAGAAUCCUACUCUCAAAGUGGCGGGUCAAGUUAAAAGAAAGGCAGAAACAGAAUUGGCGGGUGCAUCCAAAGUUGCUCAAAGCAAUGCAUCAAAGACGGUCCCGAGUGGGGGACCGUCCAAUGUUUAA